UGGCAUCACUGUCAGUUUUUAAUACAGUGUCAAAAGUUUUGCAUUUGACUAACUUGAUUCUGUUUGCAAUGAUGAAUAACGCUAACUUAAUUCAUCAAAAUUCGUACAAGAAUAACGCUCGAGCCGGUGAAGAAUCCCGUCGUCAACGCCGCGAGUAUACAAUAGAGUUGCGGAAGUCCAAGAAGGAGCAUGAAUUAUCAAUGCGUCGUAAUAUUGUAGACCAAGCUGUCUCGCCGAUUUCGCUACAAACCAAUAAGCAAUUAUCAAAUCAAAUGAAUGUUGAAGAAAUUGCCCGCGCAAUACAAGGCAAAAAUAAGGAACAACAAUUUUUUGGCAUGCAAGCGGCUCGUAAAAUGCUCAGUGUUGAAUCUAUCACAAAUAUUGAUAUGAUAGUCCGUUAUGGUAUUGUUCCAAUUGCUAUUCGUUUUUUAAAUGAUUUUUUGAACCCUGCAUUACAAUUUGAAGCAGCUUGGGUUCUGAUUAGUAUUGCUUCUGGUAAUACUGAACAUAGACAAAUUGUUAUCAAACAUAAUGCAAUACCGCAAAUUGUAGCAUUAUUACAAUGUAACUCAGCAAAUCUUGUUGAACACGCAGUAUGGGUUUUAGGCAAAAUUGCUAACGAUAAUGUCGAAGCUCGAAACAUGAUCUUAAGUUACAAUAUAGUAACCACCAUUCUUAAAUUAAUCCAUAAUGAUAUGCCAUUAUACAUGUUACGUAUUGUGGCUUGGCUUAUGUCAAACUUGUGCGAUAACAAGAUUUCAUCUCCGCCACUUGGUGAAAUUCAAUUGUUGGUACCGGUGCUAUCAAAAUUACUGUGCGUCAAUGAUGUGCAAGUUAUGGCUCAUGCCUGUUGCGCUCUGUCAUAUUUUACAGCUUCAGGCAACGAUAUGAUUCAAAUCGUUGUUGAUACUAAUGUUGUGCCACAGCUGAUUGCAAUGUUAGGCUCUGAAAAUCCUUACAUUGUUGCACUUGCACUACGUACAGUUGGCAAUAUAGCUAGUGGCACUAACACCCAUGCUGAUCAAGUAAUUAAGGCUAAUGGACUGCAAAAAAUGGCUGCUUUGUUGUAUAAUGAUGAUAGUAAUAUUAUGAUGGAUGCAGCUUGGACCAUUGGAAACAUAACUGCUGGCAAUCAAGAGCAAAUCCAAGCGGUUUUAGAUGCCAACUUGUUUACUCACAUUCGUCAAAUACUGGUACAAGGUCAUUUUUUGGCACAAAGAGAGGCGGCCAGGGCUGUUACAAAUGCAACCAUAAAUGGAUCAACAGAUCAAGUUAAGAAUUUUUGGGAAAAGUAUGAUAUGCUGAAACCACUCUCUGAUUUGCUUAGUGGAAGCGACACAGACACUAUUCAUAUCGUUUUGAUAGGACUUAGUAAUAUUUUUUUAGAAGCGAUUACAAUUGAAAAGUUAAAUUAUUUGAGUAUUAUCUUUGAGGAGAUUGGUGGAUUACAUAAAGUAGAACGUUUGCAGUAUCAUGAAAAUGAAGAUAUAUACGAAGCAGCUUAUGCUUUUAUCGACGCAUACUUUAGUAAUGAUUAUGAAACUGAUGAUGAGUUCCAGCCACAAGUUGUUGAUGACCAGCUUUAUUUUGAUGCUAGUGAUCAAAAAAUGCCCAAUGGUGGAUUCUCCUUUUAAAUAAUUCAAAAAUUGAGAAUAUCUAUUUAUUUUAAGUAUACAAUAUGUAAAUGGCGUAUCGA